AUGACCACAUCAACACCAGAAAAAACCGUCUGCGUCUUCUGCGGCUCCCUGUUUGGGAAAGAGGCUUCCUUCGCCGAAAGCGCCUCCAAGCUAGGCGAGCUUUUGGCUAAGAGAAACUGGGGUCUUGUCUAUGGGGGAGGCUCCACAGGCUUGAUGGGAGCGGUGGCCAGAGGCUGUGCCACUAACGGAGGUUACGUCCAUGGCAUCAUUCCUGAGGCAUUGAUCUCGAGAGAAAGAACCUCUGACAACGAGUUCAACGACAAGUUGAAGGGAGGCAUCAAUAACCACGAUGGUUCGACUCCUCUUCCAGACUCGAGUCUCUACGGGAAAACUACGUUGGUCAAGGACAUGCACACGAGAAAGCGAUUGAUGGGCGAGGAGGCCAGUGCGUUUGUGGCGUUGCCUGGCGGCUACGGCACGUUGGAGGAGUUGAUGGAGGUGGUCACCUGGCACCAGUUGAACAUCCACUGCAAGCCUAUCAUCGUGUACAACUUGAACGGGUUCUACGACAGCUUCUUGAAGUUUGUGGAGGAUGCCAUUGACUCGGAGUUUGUGUCGAAGAAGAACGGCGAGAUCAUCAAGGUGGCCCUGACAGCUGAAGAAGUGUUGGACGCCAUCGAGCACUAUCAGGUGCCCGACGGCAGGUUCAACUUGAAGUGGGACACAACGUGA